UCUCGCGAGAAGAGCGAUGCAGGCGGAAAAAAUGGCGCCUCCCAGUCCCCGGGAAUCCAAGGCCUCAUCCGCCACGAGUGAGGCCAAGUCAAAUGAGGAGAUGGUGCUACCGGGAUUUCCGGACGCAGACAGCUUCGUGAAGUUCGCUCUUGGGUCAGUAGUGGCAGUCACCAAGGCAUCCGGGGGCCUGCCACAGUGCGGCGAUGAGUACGACUUUUACCGCAGUUUUCCUGGCUUCCAGGCAUUUUGUGAAACGCAGGGAGAUAGGUUGCUUCAGUGCAUGAGCAGGGUGAUGCAGUACCACGGCUGCCGAAGCAACAUCAAGGAUCGGAGUAAAGUGACCGAGUUGGAGGACAAGUUUGACUUACUCGUGGACACUAACGAUGUUAUUCUGGAAAGAGUGGGUAUUUUGCUGGAUGAAGCAUCGGGUGUGAAUAAGAAUCAACAGCCCGUUCUCCCUGCAGGACUACAGGUCCCCAAAACGAUAGUGUCCAGCUGGAACCGCAAGGCAGGAGAAUACAACAAAAAAUCAAAAUCUGAAACUUUCCGCCUGCUUCAUGCAAAAAACAUCAUCCGACCUCAGCUUAGAUUCCGAGAGAAGAUCGACAACUCCAACACUCCAUUUCGCCCUAAAAUCUUCGUCAAGCCCAAUGCCCAGAAACCCCUCCCCCAGGCACUGUCCAGAGAAAGGCGGGAGCGCCCGCAGGAUCGUCCUGAGGACCUGGACGUGCCCCCUGCUCUGGCGGAUUUCAUCCAUCAGCAGAGAACCCAGCAGGUGGAGCAGGACAUAUUUGCGCAUCCCUACCAACAUGAACUUGACCACUUCACGCCCCCAGACUCAGUCCUUCGAAGGCCACAGCCCCAGUUGUACAGGCCUGUGGGGGAGACGCCCUGCCAUUUCGUGUCCUCCAUCGAGGAACUGGUGGAGCUCAACGAAAAGCUCCUGAACUGUCAGGAAUUUGCCGUGGACUUGGAGCACCACUCCUACCGCAGCUUCCUCGGCCUGACCUGCCUCAUGCAGAUCUCCACGCGGACGGAAGACUUCGUCAUUGACACCCUGGAGCUUCGGAGUGACAUGUACAUUCUCAACGAGAGCCUCACGGACCCAGCUAUUGUCAAGGUCUUCCACGGCGCCGACUCGGACAUAGAGUGGCUGCAGAAAGACUUCGGGCUGUACGUGGUGAACAUGUUCGACACCCACCAGGCAGCGCGCCUCCUCAGCCUGGGCAGGCACUCGCUGGACCACCUGCUGAAGCUCUACUGCGGUGUGGAGUCCGACAAGCAGUACCAGCUGGCCGACUGGAGGAUGCGACCUCUGCCUGAGGAGAUGCUCAGCUACGCCCGGGAUGACACCCACUACCUGCUCUACAUCUAUGACAAGAUGCGGGUGGAGCUGUGGGAGCGGGGCAAUGGCCAGCCCACGCAGCUGCAGGUGGUGUGGCAGCGGAGCAGGGACAUCUGCCUCAAGAAAUUCAUCAAACCUAUCUUCACGGACGAGUCUUACCUUGAACUCUACAGGAAGCAAAAGAAGCAUCUCAACACACAGCAGUUGACAGCCUUCAAGCUGCUGUUUGCCUGGAGGGAUAAAACGGCUCGGAGAGAAGACGAAAGCCUCGGGUAUGUGCUGCCGAACCACAUGAUGCUGAAGAUCGCCGAAGAGCUGCCCAAGGAACCUCAGGGCAUCAUAGCUUGCUGCAACCCUGUACCCCCUCUCGUACGGCAGCAGAUCAACGAGAUGCAUCUUUUAAUCCAGCAGGCUCGAGACAUGCCCCUGCUCAAGUCGGAGGUCGCUGCAGGAGUGAAAAAGAGUGCACCGCUGCCCGGCCCUGAGAGACUGGAGAACGUUCUCUUCGGACCUCACGACUGCUCCCACGCCCCUUCAGAUGGCUACCGCAUCCUCCCGACCAACGGGCCCGCGCCCGUGCAGAGACAGGCAGGCCUCUUCCCUGACGGAAGAGGGGAGGACGAGGCCCUGCUGGAUUCCAAAUGCCUCAUCGCUUCCGCUGUCAUCACUUUAUUCAACGAACCUAAUGCUGAAGAAAAUAGGAAGGGGCCAUUAACAGUUGCACAGAAGAAAGCCCAGAACAUAAUGGAGUCCUUUGAAAAUCCAUUCAGAAUGUUUCUGCCUUCACUGGAACACCACGCUCACGUUUCCCAGGCUGCCAAGUUCGAUCCGUCAUCAAAAAUCUAUGAACAUUAUGAAUAAGAAUAAGAAAACACCUUCCCUGGAUCCCCAUGAGAUGCUCCUGGGAGCCAGCGUGUUAAUUGUUAAAAGCCUCCUUCCUCCCUGCAGGAAGUCCCUGCCCCGGUCAGACGGGCGGCCUGGCUCCCUCUGGCUCACCAGCCCCGCCCAAGAGUCGGGCCUCAGCCCUGCCGCUGGUGGUUGGCUUGUUGUUUUUAGAAACGGGGAGUCAGGCGGAGGCUUUGCCUUCACUCCUCUUUCCCCUGCUGGGUGUGGCGCAUUCCUCAACCAUCGCCCUUUACCAUGCUCACAUCUGCAGCCACCUAGAUGUGUUCUGAUGCCGCAGGGGGGUGUGCUGUCACCGAGAAGCACAUCGGGCUUGCACAGGUCCUGCCUUGCGUUCCAGCCCCACCGCCCCCUAGCUGUGCGUGUCCCUUCGGACACGUUGUUUAGCCCCUCAGAGCUUGGUUUCCAGGGUUACGGAGGGCUGGACGGGAUGCUGAUGUGAGAGCACCGGCCCGGUGCCUGGGGCAGUGGUGCUUCAUCCUCCUAAAUAAGUGUUACAAAUAAAGCCAGCAUGGGACCUGACUCUCUGUGUCACCAGAUUCGGAAUUUGUGACUUAGAAUGUGUGUAGUUGUCAGGCUAGUGUGCUCCGCAUCGCCUCAUUAAAAAAAUAAAGCAUUCCCAGGUGGCUGAGUUUUGGAGUUU